GCACGCACCAUGGGCGCUCAGAGCUGGUGGCUCCGCUCCUGCGGUUCCUAAACCUGAGUGGUGCCUGCAGGGAGCGCAGCGUCAGGCACCUCCUGGCCCGGGACAUUGGAGGCCCGUCUGGCCCCAGGCCUCCAGAGACCCAAGCGGAAGACAGCAGGGACCCCGCCCGGUCCCUCCCGCGGGCAGGCGGGGCGGCCCCACAUCGGACUCCUCCCCCGCAGCCCGGCAGGGAUCAGACGCGGUGCGCGGUUCCGCAGGUGGCAGCUAUGGUCCAGUCCUGAACACCCUGCCAUGGCCGGCGCCCCCAGCCUGCUGCGCCUGGCGCUCCUGCUGCUCGGGGCGGUGGGCAGGGCCGGCCCCCGCCCCCAGGGCGCCACUGUGUCCCUCUCGGAGACAGUGCAGAAAUGGCGAGAGUAUCGACGCCAGUGCCAACGUUUCCUCACUGAAGCACCACCUCUGGCCACAGGUCUCUUCUGCAACCGGACCUUUGAUGACUAUGCCUGCUGGCCAGACGGGCCCCCAGGUUCCUUCGUGAAUGUCAGCUGCCCCUGGUACCUGCCCUGGGCCAGCAGUGUGCUUCAGGGCCACGUGUACCGCUUCUGCACAGCUGAGGGCCUGUGGCUGCACAAGGAGAACUCCAGCCUGCCCUGGAGGGACCUGUCGGAGUGUGAAGAGUCCAAGCGAGGGGAGAGAAGCUCCCCCGAGGAACAGCUCCUGUCGCUGUACAUCAUCUACACUGUGGGGUAUGCACUUUCCUUCUCUGCCCUGGUCAUCGCCUCAGCCAUCCUUGUUGGCUUCAGACACUUGCACUGUACCCGGAACUAUAUCCACCUGAACCUGUUUGCAUCCUUCAUCCUUCGAGCGCUCUCCGUCUUCAUCAAGGAUGCUGCCCUCAAGUGGAUGUAUAGCACGGCGGCCCAACAGCACCAGUGGGAUGGGCUCCUCUCCUAUCAGGACUCUCUAAGCUGCCGACUGGUGUUCCUGCUCAUGCAGUACUGCGUGGCGGCCAACUACUACUGGCUGCUGGUGGAGGGCGUGUACCUGUACACGCUGCUGGCCUUCUCGGUGUUCUCGGAGCAGCGCAUCUUCAGGCUGUACCUGAGCAUAGGCUGGGGUGUCCCUCUGCUGUUUGUUAUCCCCUGGGGCGUUGUCAAAUACCUCUAUGAGGAUGAGGGCUGCUGGACCAGGAACUCCAACAUGAACUACUGGCUCAUCAUCCGGCUGCCCAUUCUCUUUGCUAUUGGGGUCAACUUUCUCAUCUUCAUCCGGGUCAUCUGCAUUGUGGUAUCCAAGCUGAAGGCUAAUCUCAUGUGCAAGACUGACAUCAAGUGCAGACUUGCCAAGUCUACUCUGACGCUCAUCCCCCUCCUGGGGACACAUGAGGUCAUCUUUGCCUUCGUGAUGGAUGAGCAUGCCCGAGGGACCCUGCGCUUCAUCAAGCUGUUCACAGAGCUCUCCUUCACUUCCUUCCAGGGCCUGAUGGUGGCCAUCUUGUACUGCUUUGUCAACAAUGAGGUCCAGCUGGAGUUUCGGAAGAGCUGGGAGCGCUGGAGGCUGGAGCACUUGAACGUUCAGAGGGACAGCAGCAUGAAGCCCCUCAAGUGUCCCACCAGCAGUGUAAGCAGUGGGGUCACAGUGGGCAGCAGUGUGUAUGCAGCCACCUGCCAGGCUUCCUGCAGCUGAGCCCCAGGGCUGCCCCCUCCUUUGGUCCCUGCUGCUGGCUAGGUGGUCAUCCCAGAUGGGAGCCGCCCUCCCAGGGGCAGGGAUGGGGAGGGAUGCGGGCACACACGCACCCCUUGCUUUCCUUCUCCAAACCUAUCAGACAGGCAAGUGGGCAGUGCCUCCCGAGACCAUAGACACAUGUUCUCCAAAGAGAACAGCCUGCUAAUUUAAUCACCGUGGCAGGAAGAGAGGAAGAGACUACUGCUGCUAAAAUGAGGAGGACUCCUUCCUGUUAAAGCCACAAGGCCCUUGGGGUUCCCUCAGACAGAGCAGCAAAUCAACCCCGGACUCCUACUCAAGGGCAACUGUUGGUUAGUGGGGUUGGGGCUUGUGAGAGGAGCAGUUCCACAAGAGAGCCCGCCAUUCUAACCUCAGCCAGCGGCACAGAGCUUGGCAAGGUGAGCGGCCGUGCUUGUGCCUGCUGGGGUUGCCACAUGCGUCAGCCUCCUCAUGAAGAAGAGAGCCUUCCUCCAUGGGUCGGGGUUGCUGGCAUUCUCUCAUCUGCCUGUUCAUCUGACCAUCCCAUCUUUCCUUGGGCGGGGGCCUUUCUUGGAGCUACAAUCUGCAGCUCUCUCUGGAAGUGGCUGUGAGUGGUGUUGGGGAUAAGAACCAAGGAGAUGCCCAGAGGUCGCCGUUGCCAGUGCCCUCUUCUCACCCGGCCCCUUAAGUCACUUUGCUGUCAGCUUCUGCUCUGCCUAGGGCACUAGGACAAGUCCCACAAUGAGGAGCCCAGACCUGAGGUGUGAGAUAAAGAAACUCAGAUGCCCUCUAAGGUUCAUCUGGAAGCACUUAAGGAACGCCCCCACACCCCCGGUGUUGAUAACGCGAAUCUGGAGGAGCAAGGGUAUUGCCUCCAUACCUUAUCUGUGACCAGACUCCUUGUCUGGGAUGGGAAUUGGGGUACAUCCUCUGAAACCAGUAGCUCCUGACAUGGGGCAAGCUCCCCCUGCCACUUUGAACAUACGUACAUAUUGUCCUUUUUCCUUUAUUGUGGUGACUGCUGUGUCUGUACAAACAUGUAUUUCUGAUUUCUCCCACCCAAUGGAAGAACUAAAUCAUGGCUGUUGUUAUGUUUGA